AUGGAUUCUUCGACUUGCCCCUUCUGUCAUUUAUCACUUCCAUCCUCUCUGCUCCAAUGGCACGCCAACACCCACUUCGACGAUGAUGAUCCAAACUCACCGCAGGGUGAACAAGCAAUUAGUGGCUUGCAUUUUGAUACAACUAGUGGAGAUUAUAAAAGUUGGAGUGGUGGGACUGGUAGAGAUAAUGGGGUGUGGAAAAUGGAUGAAAAGAUCUCUUGCUUGGUUGAUUUGCAGAGAAGGAGCGAGUUUUACAAGGUUGAAGCGGGUUUGAUGUCCUUGUUGAGAAACUGUUUGGAAUCUGAAGCUGAAAACUCAAGAAGCAUUUUGUCAGGUUAUGUUGAUCAUUUCCAGAGCAUUGAGUCUGAGGAUGUUGGAUGGGGUUGUGGUUGGCGUAACAUUCAAAUGCUUAGCUCACACUUACUGACACAAAGACCAGAAGCAAGACAAGUAAUGUUUGGUGGUUCAGGGUUUGUUCCUGAUAUCCCAUCACUUCAGAGAUGGCUUGAGAUUGCUUGGGAAAGGGGUUUUGAUGCAGCUGGCUCUGAACAAUUCAAUCAUUCUAUCUAUGGCUCGAAAAAAUGGAUAGGAAGUACUGAAUGUGCUUCCCUUUUGCGUUCUUUUGGUCUCCUGGCAAGGAUAGUGGAUUUUGGUCCUAAGGAAUCUGAAUCACUCUAUCUAUCUGUCCCUGGUUUAAGUGUUGGGGCACAGGAGCUAGUGAGAACUAAUAAUGGAAGGAAGAGGAAAACACUAGAUUUUUAUGGACCAAUGGAUAGAUAUCUGUCUCGUAAUGUUUCUCAAGCAAGUUGUGGCCAGGAUGCAAAGUCAUGCUCUUCUCUUAUCCGGCUUCAUGACAAUGUGGAUAAAGAAAGUGGUAGUGAUAGGGUGGUACAAUGUACUGCAAAACAAAGUGAGGGUCAUCAAGUUCUCAUGGACUUCGUGUGGAAUUACUUCUCUAAUAAAAGCUCGAUUCAAUUUGGCCACAGACGUGUCAUUGUCAGCGAGAAAACGCCCUUGUACUUUCAACAUGAUGGACAUUCAAGAACAAUAGUUGGAAUUCAAGUCAAACAUCAACGGACUGGAAUUCUGCAAUAUAAUCUCCUAAUUCUGGAUCCUGCUCAUAGAACGGCUGCUCUAGAAAGAUCACUGAGGGAGAAAAUUGGAUGGCAGAAACUCAUAAAAAGAGGAGUGCACACACUGAAGAAGGAACAAUACCAGUUGUGUUAUGUUGAUCCUGGAAUUGCCGGUGAGGAGGAGAUGGAAAAACUCAAGACAAUUGAUAGUGUCUUUCUCGAAUUUUAG